UACUUUUUUUUUGUUUUGCCAAAGAGAGAAUAAGGAUGGGGGAGAUGGCGGAUGCUCUGCGGGGGCUGUUGGAAAGUGGAAAACUAUCGGAGGAGGAUUGCCUCUAUAUUGAGCGUGGAUUGGGUAAAAACGUCGUUGGAUUGCCAGCAAAAGAAAAGGAAAAAGAAAAAGAAGUCGAUGGAUGGGCAUCAUCUGAUGAAGAGGAGGAAGUGGACGAAGAAUACCGUCGCCAAGUACAGGAGUCUUGGGGUUUUGAUAUUGAUGUUCAUGUUCGUAUCCCUGAACGUGGAAUCUAUCCACACGAGCUAGGCAAACGUCAACCGCCUUCCGAUAUCUCUCUUUACGGCCGUUUGGGAGUUCACUGUUUCAACUUUGAGAAGGGGAGAAAAUUGCAGUUUAUGGGCAUACCCAAAUACAAUAUUGGAUUUAAUAUAUGGAACUAUUACUAUAUCACUGUGGAGGUAAAGGAUCUUGUGGACGAUUCAGCUCACAUUCUCCAGAGCUCAGUCACAGGAUGUUUUCCCAUGAACGGCGAGCAUUUAAGAGUCUUGACUGAAAUCUGCAGACUAAAACCCGAGAAACCAGGUGAAGAAGGUGACUUGACUCAAAUUAACGAGGAACCUGUAGAUGAGCUUUACAGAGGUCGUAUGCCCAACUUUUUGUCCGAAGCAAAACCUGAUGACAGGCUGAGAUUCUACGAGGUUCAGGAGCAAGACAUAUGUGAAAAUGAUUGGCUUCGUCUGUAUACUGAUUUCGCACUUUACUGCUACUGGCGGUAUAAUGAGGAGGCAUUCAAGUCUUGCUUGCCUGCCGAGAUCAACAAGAUACUUGUGGAAACCUUUGAAACUCAUACAGACCCGUCUCUGAAGCUCAAGUCUAGUAAUGCCAUCUUCCACAUCAACUUCACCGCCAAGAGCUGUGACUACAUAUCGGUUGUCAGGAGGACAAAGGAUGGGAGAACAGGGCAUAUAAUACUCGAAAUUAGUACCUGGACCAACCCACCAAGCUCCCCGUGAACAGAAACUGUCGCCCAAAUUUUUCCUUUUAUGAUGAACUUUGCUUUGUUUUUAUUAACAGUUAAAUAUUUUUUGUAAAUCCUGUUUAUGUCCUUUAUUUAUGGAUGUUUUGAUUGCUGGAAAAGAAAAACAUCAAGAUACUGAGAUGUAAAUAAAUUAUAUUAAAGUCAUCUAGAUGUAUCAUUUGAAUACAA